UGGAAGCUCUUUGGCCGGUGUGCCAGGACCAUUCAUCACCGUGUCCCUGGUACUCAGAUCCCAGCGCUGGCAAAGCUGUGCUGAUGCAGGCUGGCUGCAGGGGUGGGUGGCUGGCUCCUGCGCUUGGUCCUGGAGAUGGGCGAGAAGAGAUGAGUCCACCAAAUGGUUCUUGCCCUUCUCCCCAGCCUGAUCUCUGGACAUGGCUGUGUUGUGACACAGGCCGUGCUGUCCUUGUGGCUGAUCUUGAUCGAUUCUCCUCCGCUCCCUGUGCUGGAGCUAGACACCAGUUUUUUUUCUUUUUUUUUUUAAGUUCCACAGGUGAUUUUGAUGUGCGAGCCGGGUUGAAAGUCACAGCUGGACGGCGUUGGAAGGGAAAUGGAGGUCACCUUAGGCCAGCUGGUUCACAUGGAAAUCCACAAAACCAGCGUGGCUUUGGGGAUGUAUAAUUCCCUUACUCUGUUGGGCCCACACAACUCAGCAGUUGAAGUUUGCUUUUUUUCUCCUGCAUUUUCCUCUCCUAAUUUGGGCUGCCUUCACAUAGAGCUUUUGGAAGCAAAUGAGAAUUCAGACUCAUCGGGCACAUUUUCAUUACACCUGGCAGAAUAUGUUAAGGUGUUAUGUUUUUUUAAAAAAAUGUAGCCACAAACUAUAGGUGGUCUCCAGCUGCACACAUUUAGCAAGCCCCCACUCAGCUCCACACCUGACCCAUUUUUCGGGCCUUCUUGGGUUCACCCGAGGCACAGUCAGGAGCACCUUAGACGCUGAGUUCAGAAAUGGAGAAGGAAUAUACAGUGAAAAAACAGUCAAGCUCAGGUGAGCAGUGGCCAGAUGGCUUCUCCAUUUAACUCUCUUUCUGGAUGCUUCUGGAAACUGCCAUCCAAUUUUGGUCAUUUUUUGGCUGUAUAAUAAUUCAAACGGUGCUUUGUGAGUAAGUUACCUUUUAAAAGUUAUGUGUUUUAGCAUCUCUAGGAAGAUCAAGAAAUUAUUUUCCUUUUACACCUCAGGGUGAAAUAAUUUAAUUAGGUGACUUAUUUGCCCUGUGUCUUCUGAAAACUAGAGGGAGCAAAUUGGAGCUUUUGAGUCUGUGUGCGAGUGUGUGUGUAUGUGUGCGUGUGCAGCCACACACACACACACACGUAGGGAAGGCAAAUGAUGAUGGGUUGUGUCAUGAAUUCCCAAGCCUAGCGAUGCAUUUAAUGGGUGUGUCCAGGGAAGCGAGAGGAAACUGAGAAACAGGGAGGGCAGGCUUGAGGGAUUAGGAGGGAAUUAUCUGGACUCAGGGAGAGGGGCUCAAAAGAUGAAUUCAGUCUUUUCAAAAACAUUUAAAAAAGUGGUUUGCCUGACUCCAAAUCAGGAAGAGACAGCUGUACCCCAUCUCUCCUUCCUCCUAGCCUGUGGGCUCCCUUAGCAAGGGAUGAACUAUCGAGUAAGAGCUCGCACUCUGGCAUCUGGUGGACCUGGCUGGGCCCUGGCUAGGCCCCUCCAAUGGCGUCACCAUGGGCAGGUUGCUAAUCCCCCUGGCCUCAGCUACUCCUCCGUCAAAAAGGAUGAUGAUGCCUCCCUCAUAGAACUGUGGUGAAAUUGAGAUGAAAUACAAGUGUUUACGGCAGGGCCUGGCAUACAACGGCCCACCUGAGAAUUCAGACCCUAAGGACUCCUAUCUCAUUCCAAGAAACAUCAUGGCUGAGCCAGACUACAUCGAAGAUGACAAUCCUGAACUCAUUAGGCCUCAGAAACUGAUCAAUCCUGUCAAAACCUCCCGGAACCAUCAAGAUCUUCACAGAGAACUUCUUAUGAAUCAAAAAAGGGGUCUUGCUCCUCAGAACAAACCAGAAUUGCAAAAAGUGAUGGAAAAAAGAAAACGAGACCAAGUAAUAAAGCAGAAGGAAGAAGAAGCACAGAAGAAGAAAUCAGACUUGGAAAUAGAGCUAUUAAAACGGCAGCAGAAGUUGGAGCAGCUUGAACUUGAGAAGCAGAAACUGCAAGAAGAGCAAGAAAAUGCCCCCGAAUUUGUGAAGGUGAAAGGCAAUCUCAGGAGAACAGGCCAAGAAGUCACCCAAGCCCAGGAGUCCUAGGCCAAGGCUGCACUAAGAUCCCGCAUGUCCCUGCUUGUCACCCCACAGAGCUGUCUGUGGGUGCCUCCUCAACCUCAGGGCAAAAGCCCCUGGAGAACAUUCCAGCCAGCAGAGAAUCUUGACUUUCAGAAGGAUUUGGUUUGAUUUUCCCACUCUCUGGGUGGUUGCCUUGCUGUGACAGUUGCCGUUCCUAUUCGCCAAAUGAAGGGCAGUGCCCCGCACAUAAGUUGGAAUGAUGGAGCUGUGUUCAGAGACAUACCAGAACCAACAAACCAAACAAGUGAGAGGAAGCGGACACUGGAAUCAGUUCUUGAGAGUUGCACUACUUGGUUUUUCUUCUAGUCCAAGUUCAGUGGGACCCAGAGCCUUUUUUCUUUUAAAAGCUAAAAAAAAGUGUUUAAUUCCUCUUUGUUAUCUCUUAGGUAAUUUAGAUCACCUAGAAAUGCAUUUAAUCUGUGCACCCACUGUUUGUAAUUUUAUUUUGAGCAUCUAGAAUCUUCUUGUUUAAUUUAUACUUUCACCCAUGCUACAGUUAACACCAGAGCAGGAUUGUUAAUGUUGAGCACAGCCACUACCCUUGUUGGCACUAAAUUUAGAAACAGGGUGAGAAGGUUUAAAAGCCUGUAAACACCCAUCUUGAUUUUACUUUGAUUCCUUUUGGUUCUCUGUGUGAUAACAGUAGGCUACAUAGUGACAUUCCAGUUCCCAGAAGGUACAUCCUGUCCGUUCAUUUAUUGCUUUGAUUACCAGGAGGGUCUUUGUUCAGUUUUGUUUUGAAAUCUCUUGCUGAGCUAGUUCUUUUAGAUGGAAUAAUCUUCCAGUCCUUUAGAGAGUGGAGCUAGUCCCUGUAACCCAGCUUCAGCAUCAGAAGUAGAAGGCCCCACGCCUUUUCACUCUUCCCAGAGGAGUGUGGGGAAGGUUCCCAUGACCAGCUGGGCAGUGAGGAUUUCUCUAGGUAUUUGAAUGUGAAAUAAGUGUAGAUUGGUCUCAAGGAGGCUUCAUCAGAAGACUUAUAGCAUUUGGAUGUCUAAUGAUAAUAUCAUUAGAAUCCAAGCUUUGAAAGUGUCUAAUGCUCAUUAUUUCUUUUUUUUUUUCUUGUGAAGAAAGACUGUUUUGCCACUGUCUCAGCGAUGGCGCUGUUGACACAGAUGAUGUCGAUGACUACUGUAUUGCAUCUCUCAGGAACAGCCGACAGGAAGGGAGGGGCUGCUGAGUUCCCUCGUUCUAGCUAGCAGCCCACUCCUCACAGAGGGGGCCGAGUUACAGACAGCAGCAGCAUUCUCAUGCAGAAUUAGUUUUAAACUGCCAGUGUGGGCACCGGUACCUUCUGCCUGAUGAUACGGAAGAAUUUUGGGGGAUUUCGUAUUCUCUCCGUAGAGACAAUUCAGCCAGUCAUUUCUGCAUGGGAGACUCUUCUCGUACUUCUUUUGAAAACUCACAGAAAGCUGGAUCCAGAGCUUUGGAAUCCUUCUUUAGCAUAGUAGAAAUUAGCCUUCUAUGGCAAUGCUUUAAUGUUAGCAGUUGACAAUUAGGCCCAUAUUCAAUCCGAAUGGGAACAAAAGGAAACACAAUGAUAAUAUACUGCUAGUUAGGGAAACAUGUCAGCUGAUUACACCUGAAAUGGAUUAUUUCUCAUCAGCAAGUAUUAUUUGAAUAAAAUAAGAGAUGCUUAAGAAAAAUGGUUGCUCUAUAGUAACUUGGUUUCGAAGAAUGGAAUGAUAACUAUUUUUUUCUAUCGUUCUUCCUUUUGAGAGAAGAAAGGGAUGACGGAUGGUGUUGAGAAGUCCACUUCUGAUUGCACGUUGACUAGAGUUCUUCCUCUGGACUAGUGACGCUGUUUGUAAAAUGCAGAUUCGGGACUGGCUCAUAUCUUUUUAUCUAACUAGAUGUCAGAUCUUGAGGUCUGUAUUCUUGAAGCAAUUCUGCCACGUGAUCAAAUUCACAAGGGCCCUGACAGUCUCCUUUAGAAGGACCAAUUCUGUUCCUAGAACUUAACUAGAAUUCAUUCUUCACUGAAAAAAAAAAAAAAAAUUAUUUAAUAAAAAUUUUUUUUUUUUUUUUUUAAUAUCACUCAAAUCUGCAGGAUUAUUUGUAAUUCAUAAUAUAAAAUCUGGCCAAAAGGAGACUUGUAAAUAGCGUAAAGUGGUGUCUUAUGCUGAAUGGUGGAAUGUAUAGGCAGGGAAGCUCUUUGAAGUUGUCAGAUCAGCUGGGCUCGCAAGCCUGAUUGACACAGGCCGUCAGCCUCCUCUCACCCCUUAAUACUGUGCAGCGCAAACCCCUAGGACUCUUGAACAUCCGAGCUUUGUGCUUUGAGCCACUUUUUGACAAAAAUGGCUCCAUUUUCCCACAGUGUGGUUUUCUUAAAAUAGUUCAGUGUUUUAUAGUCUCAUAGUCGUAGUGUUGCUUUCUAAGCUAUAACAGUCGACUUUAUUCUUCUACUCUGAAAAACCUUGACUUGUUUGAGUGUAUAUAAUAUAUAUAAAGGGAGCCUUAAUGGAUUGCUUUUCAUAAUUUAAUAUUUUUUGUAUUUGCUCUUGUAUAAUUGUUUUUAACGGAAAGUAUUAAAGAAUUGAGGGUGGAAUUCUUAGAACCAAAGUUAUUCUUAAUAAAAAUCACCACAUGCUUGGACCAUGCAA